AUUAAGCAUAGAAUACAGUUGAUUAAAGAGACGUAUAAAAUCCAUUUCAGACAUUAAAUCCCUUUCUUUUCUAUUUCCAGUAGACUUCCCACAGGGCCGGAUAUUGCUUGAGAGAGAGAGAGAGCUGGUGCAGCAUUAGUACAGCACUGAGGGAAGCCAGGAAAGCAGCCCCAAUGUGUUAGAACAGACCUCCCCACUCCGCACUAUGAGAGAGGAAGAGAUCGAGACUGCCAUUAAAGUGGUGGUGGUGGGCAAUGGAGCAGUGGGAAAGUCUAGCAUGAUUCAGAGAUAUUGCAAAGGAAUAUUUACCAAGGAUUACAAGAAAACGAUAGGCGUGGAUUUCUUAGAAAGGCAGAUAGAAAUAAACUGUGAAGAUGUCCGGUUAAUGUUAUGGGAUACUGCUGGGCAGGAAGAGUUUGAUGCAAUCACAAAAGCUUACUACAGAG